AUGGUUUCAUUUGAUAUUGUUAGUCUUUACACCAAUAUACAUCUUGCUGAAACAAUACAAAUUAUUUUGGACUAUUUAUAUAAAGACCGAACACUAACAACAACAAUACCUAUGGCUGAUAUGAAGAAACUGUUGCAGUUUGCCACACAAGAUUCACAUUUCCUCUUCAAUGGUAAAAUAUAUGAUCAAAAAGAUGGAGUUUCUAUGGGAUCGCCUUUGGCACCUCUUCUUGCUCAGAUUUUUCUCCAAGAUUUCGAAAAGAAAUAUCUCCCAUCAUUCAAAGAAAAGGGCAUUGUAUAUUGGAAACGUUAUGUCGAUGAUACCUUUGUAUUCCUUGAUCCAAAAGUUUCUGCUCAAGACAUUGCUGCCCAAUUAUCACAAUGCCAUCCUUCCUUAAAAUUUACCUGCAAAGAGGAAUAUACAACUAGAAACAAAGAUUUAAGCAAAGAAGAUUCACCUAAAAAGAAAUUUUCACAUAAAAAUCAAUAUGUAACCGAGAAGAAAGAUUCAAUUGAAGAAGAAAAGUCAAUUCCUAGAAUUGCACUUUCAUUUCUCGAUGUACUUGUUGAAAGACAACCCAGUAUCGGCUUUCAAACUCGAAAGUAUAGGAAAGAAACAUUCACUGGUCUGCUUACAAAAUGGGACAGCUUUGUGCCUAAACGGUACAAAUAUAAUGCAAUUUCAACCAUGGUUUAUAGAGCUACAAUAAUAUGUUCAACUUAUGAAGCUCUCCAUGAUGAAUUUGACGUAAUUCGUGACUUAGCAUUACAGAAUGGGUAUCCUGUUGCCUUUGUUGAAUCCAUAAUUCGAAGACAACUUAAUCUUAUCUAUACACCUCGUGCAAUUACACCAACAGCACCAGAAACCGAUACCAUAGUCUUGAGAGUACCUCAUUAUGAGAAACCAAGCCAAAUAUAUGCUAAGCGUGUUACGGCAGCAGUUGCUAAAUAA